CCCUCCCCUCCCCUCCGCCCUUCUCCGCCUUCUCCUCGGCCGCCCGGCCUGCUGUUGACAAACAGCCGGCCAGGGCGGGGCGGGGCGGACGUUGGGCUGCGGGGAGCGGCUGGCUCCGGAGGGCGUCCCUGCCUCUUGCCCCGCCGGGGUGGAGGAGAGCCGAGCGAGAGGCUCCGGGAGCUCCUGGAGGCCGGGCGGAGCAGAGCCGAGCCAAGCCGGCGGCCCGUGGGGAUGUGGCAGACUCUGGCCCUGGGCUUGGUCUUCUUCCCGGUUCUCUUCGCCGCUUCCAUCCGCAGCCUGCGGUGGCUGGCGCCGGCAUGGAGCCUCAAAGACCGGAUCCUUCUCAGCGGCAGGCUGGUCUCUUCCAUCCAAGCCAUCAUGGCUACCCUCUCAGGCCUGGUUGUCAUUUUCAGCUGCAGAGACGUGGUGCACGACAGACACUGGCUCGCCAGGGAAUAUAUCUGGAUCGUGGUGUCAUACAUGACCUAUGAUAUCUACGUCAUGUAUCUUUGCCACUGGCACAAGAAUCAAGACCCAGGGCCGGCAGAGGGGAAGCCCUUCUGGGAUAACCUGCGGAGCUUUCUGCGGAAGGAACGGCUGAUGGUCACCCACCACCUCUUCAUCCUCCUCGUCUUAACGCCGGUCGCUGUGCAUCUGCGAGGUGAACUCGGAGACUUUUUCGUGGGCUGCAUCUUCACCGCCGAACUCAGCACCCCGUUUGUAUCCCUGGGGAAGAUUCUGAUGCAGCUGAAAAUGCAAGAUUCCCUCCUGCAUAAGAUCAACGGGAUUCUCAUCCUGGUUACCUUCUUCCUUUGCCGGAUCCUCCUCUUCCCGUACAUGUACUGGGCCUAUGGGCGACAGACGAACGUGCCUAUCUACAAGGUGCCCUUUCGCAUCCCUCUGCAUUGCAACGUGGCCAACGCCUUCCUGAUCGCGCCGCAGAUCUACUGGUUUGGUCUCAUCUGCCGCAAAGCGAUGAGGCUCUACAGCAGUUCGCCAGCACCGGAUCGAACGCGAUAGCAAGAAACGCCUAAACAUUCCCUUUGGAACCAACCUGCCUCACUUUACCAGAUUGGGAGGUUUGGGGGAGGCGCCAUUUUGCAACUGGCUGCCGUUCUUCCCAGCCGAGAUGGAGAAUCGGGAAUCACCUCCACAGAGGUGCCUUUGUGGUCGCCAAAAAAAAGAAAACCACUAGCCUUGAGGUUGUACGCUUCCCAAGUCUCCCCGUAUCCGUGCCCAGUGACUGCAGUGGUGUUCCAGAUGUGUUCCAGAUGUUGAAAGUGGAAACUGAGACUUGUAGCUGGCCAGCCCCAUAGGCUGUGAUAAUUCAGCAAAUCCUUUUGCCCUGAGAUCUUCAGUUGGUGGUUUAGGGCAACGAGGUUAAAGAACACCAUACAGACUGAUCUACACAUCCUUCUUUGACUAUCCCUCAUCAGAGGGCGCCCUGAUCUUUUCACUUCCUCACCUCGAAAAAUUGCCUGCUGUCAAAACCAAGGAUGUCAAACUGGCGGCCCACGGACCAGAUGCGUCACACGCAGACCACGCCCACCCCAGUUCCACGAAGGGAAAAAAACGUUAAACAUCACAUGACGGCAACGUGACAUGGCGAGUUUGACACCCAUGUUCUAAACCUUCUUGAACCGCCCUGAGUCCUUCGGGAGAUAGGGCGGUAUACAAAUUUGAAUAAAUAAAUAAAUAAAAUAAAUUCUUCCAUAUGUUCUCUGUGGUGCCAGUGUGCCGCUGGUGAAAUAUGGACGUCUUGAUGGCUGCCAUGAUUUUACCAAAAGUGCCGAGGGAUUGCUCCUGGAAAAUUUUAGCAUCCCAUUUGUUUGUUUGGUUUUUUUUGUUAAAAAUACAUCUCAGCGUUUUUGUGCUUCUCAUUCAUUCCGAUAGCCAUGCCCAGCAAAAUAAUGGAAGCUGGAGAGAUUUGGGACUGCCCUUGUCUCAAAUCGUGGGACUUCGAACAGACAAUAUUGUACAAUGUUGCAUUUUUUGCACAUUCCAAGUUUCCUUUCGAGGCACAAGAUGGAAAACUUGGCUGAUGUCAAGGUCAUUUUGGAACAGGUGCCAAGUUUUGAGGUGGAUAACCGGAUCGUGAUUCAAGAAGAUAAGGUUCAAGAAGAGAAUUUUUGGUGCUCCGUGUGUGUGUGACGCACAUAAAAAUCAAUGAGGCUUCAACAAUGGCGUUCCCACUGCCAUCUUGAUUUUUUUCUGACUUUGCAGAUAUUCAACACAGAAAGGAAGGAAAAUUGAGACCGUGAUCUGAAGUGAAGAUGAAUCAGAAGUUGCUGAGGAUGGACCGAACCGGCUGUUCAGAUCUGGAAAGAUUCUCGUAAGAUUCUGUUCUGACCUGGUUCCCAAACGUGACAAAUCCUCUGUAAUUAAAUCAACUAUUUCUUUAUUGGGAGCACCUGACAAAAAGUCUCUCUCACACAGCAUGCUAUUAAUGGCUGACCAGCAGGGAGAAGAAUAGUUGUCUGCCGCACCUAUUCAUCUCCACCCUCGUCAACUGGGUUUAAGCCAGGCCGAACAAGAAAAGUCCACCGGGAAAGAGUUUGCAUCUGUCUCCAAGACUGCCACACUUUUGUAUAGAGUGAGAUCUAGGACAAUUCGACGCGGCCAGCUUGCCCCGGCCAACUUAUCCUAGCCAAUUCGCCGCAGGACAGCAGUUACACUAAUAUCAAGGAAAUGUUGGAAUAGAAUGAUUAAAGGAAGGAUGCUAAAGGAGGGACACAAUGAAAUAAGAAUGAGAACAAUUCAAACAACAUUGAAGAAACCGUGGCGUUGAGUUAUCCCAUGUUGAAUUGACCCUGGAUGAAUUAUCCGGCAGCGAAUUGCCUGUGGCAAGUUGUCCUGCACCAAGCUAGCUGUGGCGAAUGGGCCAUGGCGAAUGGACCACGAAAAGUUGGCCACAGCGAGUUGUCCUAUGCUAUAUAGAGCAGGGGGUCUCCAACCUUGGCAACUUUAAGACUUGUGGACUUCAACUCCCAGAGUUCCUCAGCCAGCAAAGCUGAUAUAGAGAGUCCUUAUGUCCAUUCAGCUUUGGAAAGAUACUGUGUUUUCCCGAAAAUAUGACCUACUGCAAAAGUAAACCCUAGCUUGAUUUUUACAUGUGCACCCAAUAUAAGCCCUACCCUCAAAAUAAGCCCUAAUUAAGUCCUCUCCCAUUCCAGGGUGCACAGUGUCAUAAAAAUAUCUCAAUAAAAAAAACAAAAAACAGGA